AUGGCUUUCGCUGCAAAGCUCGGCGCCUUGACUGACGAGCUGGUCGAGGUCAUCACAUCGACACCGGACAAGCACAUCGGUCUGGAGCGCUACAAUCUGUUGCGCGAGUCCUCACAUCGUAGUCUCAAAUACCACAACUUCCUGCGCACCAAUCAGUUCGAUGUCAAUAAUCAGCUGGUUGGCCUGGAGGAGCGAUUCAGGAUCCACCAUCGAGAAGCCUUGGCGGAUGCCUUCAAGGAGCGGCUCGAUGCGUUGUCGCAAAUCCGAACGAAGUGGCAUCCCGACAUCCUUCAUUUCCUACUCGAGCUUGCCGACAAACCAACACAAAAAACGCGACUCAGUGACCUAGAACUCCUCAAAGAACCCGAGAAUGAACCCGAGCCGCCGCUUAGAUGGGAAGACAUCGCGAAAGAGGAUGGAUGGCACGAGGAUGCCGACAUAUGGAAGUCCAUCGACUAUAGCGAUCACUCGGGCGAUGAAUAUGGCGAGACCAAGUCAGAGAUAUCAAGUGAAUCGGACGAAACAUCUCUCUCAACUCUAGAUACCUUGGUCUGCAGGAAACCGGAGGACUUUGAGAUUGCCUCCUCUGACGAGGUAGCCCUCAAGGUUGUUCAGGAUAGCCAGGCUUGGAGGACAGAAGGCAAGAAGACUACGUCUUCAACCAGACCUCACAAGGUCGCUAUUACAGAGUUUCAGGCGAUGAGAGAGGCCCUCUUCAUGCUGCAAGGCCUGCCCACAACAUUAUUCCAGAAAGACGGCCUUCCCAACCCUGCGUACCAGAUAUCCAGUCUUGAAUGGGAUACGUACAAAGCACUCGUGAGCUGUUUCGCAGAGAGUGGACGUCAGAUUUCUCAGAUACGGACUUUCUCGAAGAGAGCUCAAACGGCGCCUCUCUUCCAGGUUUUCCGUGAUAAUGUCAUUGCCAGUCUGCAGUCAUUUGACAAGAGAUUGUCCCAUGUCGAGGGUAAUCUGGCAGUAGCGCGGGAAGACACGGUCAUCAGCAUGGCCGCAAUUCUGGAGGAGCUCCGACCACAAAUGGAACCCCUGAGAUCUCUCUCAGAGAUUGUGAGGCAGCUCUACGAUCCUGUUAAUGGCGGUGCGUUCCGCUUUUUGGAGCUCCUUUAUGACGAGAUUAGCAGAGCCCAAUUGUCAGGUCGCGAUUCCACCUACGACUUCCUGGGACGAAUAUUCUUCAACUGUUUUCAAGUCUAUCUCCGACCAAUUCGACUUUGGAUGUCAGAGGGACAACUCGUGCCAGGAGAUAAGAUUUUUUUCGUUUCUGAGUCGUCAACCCAAGUUCCACUCCGUCAGGUCUGGCAAGAACAAUUCAAGAUGAGGCGAACGUCAGACGGUGUCUUGCAUGCGCCCAGCUUCCUUCAGCCAAGCGUUGGCAAAAUUUUCACGGCUGGCAAAAGUAUUGUCGUCCUCAAACAUCUGGGGAAAUUCGAUUCACUACGUGAACUUUGGGACGAUCGCGAGCCACCUUUAACAUUCGACGCGGUCUGCCUGCCGGGCCUGGAACUUGUGCCAUUCCCUGAGCUUUUCACAUCGGCAUUCACUCUAUGGAUGCAGAGCAAAUACCACGCAACCUCGGAAACUCUCAAACAAACGCUCUUCGAUUCUUGCAACCUCGAGGCGAACAUUGGGGCACUGCAGCACCUCUUCUUCAUGGCCGAUGGAGCUGCAGCUGAUGAAUUUUGCAAGGGUGUUUUUGCCCGGCUAGACGCUCUCAGGCCCGAUUGGCAUGACCGAUACUCCUUGACAGGCUUGGCUCAGGAGGCAUUCUCAUCACGAGUUGAUACCACCCGGCUGUUCGUCACUGUCCGGCUCGAAGGCCAGAAGAAAUCUGUCGUAGCUGGUCGCGAUCUCAUCCGAACAGCCUUGCCAGAAAUUGCUCUCCAGUAUCGUCUUUCCUGGCCAGUGCAACUUGUUGUCACUGAAGACACAAGUGCCCAAUAUCAAGCAGUUUUUACACUACUCAUGCAAAUCAGACGCGCCAUCGGCCUCAUCCAACGCAACCGGAUCCUCGAUGAGCUUGCUUCCAGGAGCGAUAUUUGGGGUAGCAAAGCGCUGUACUAUUUGCUCCGCUCGAAGCUGAUGUGGUUUUGCAACUGCAUUCAGACCUACCUCGCAACAUUGGUUCUGGCCCCUUACACAGAAUCCCUCCGCUGGAAAUUGCGGGAGGCCUAUGAUGUAGAUGCCAUGAUCAGUCUGCACGAAGCCUUCGUCAAGCAAGUUGUCGAUGCAGCAUGUCUCGGCAGAAAACUGGAUCCCAUACGCGGUGGCAUCCUGGAUAUUAUGGACUUGGCUGCGAAACUUGAAGAUGCGCAAAGCGCUAGCGUUGCCGAGGAGGCAGAGGAACAACAGGAGCUAUCUCGUCUUUCCAUCAUGUCCUCGCCGAUGAAAGCAAGUCCCCGCCGCCGAAAACCAGCCGUUUACACCGAAGACAGUGACGACGACGGUGCGGAGCGUCACGGAGCCAGAAGCAAAAGGGGCGCAAUCAAUGCAGGCAAGAGCUACUUGGAGUGUCUGCGGGAGAUUAAGACAGACUUCGAGAGGCACCUAAAGUUCAUCUGUGGGGGCCUACGAGGGGUUGCCAGGGCUUCAAGCGACGAAGCGGCUGUGAAAUGGGACCUCCUGGCCGAAAUGCUGGAGGUGGGUGUUAAGGAGGGCGCUUGA